AUGGCCAACUUGCCUAGCUCUCGAGUUACUGAAUCAGCAGCUUUCUCUCACGUGGGUGUGGACUACUUUGGAUCGCUCUUUAUUAAAGAACGUAAAUUCCGAAAUAGAACUAAAAUCAAGGUAUAUGGGUGUGUCUUUGUCUGUAUGGCCACUAAGGCUGUACACCUAGAAAUUGCAAGCGAUUUAACUACAGAGGGUUUUUUGGGUGCAUUUGGGCGAUUCAUGGGUCGACGAGGGGUCCCAUCUAAUGUUUAUUCUGACAAUGGUACUAACUUUGUGGGUGCUAACAAUCAAUUGAGGCAACUGUAUUUAUUAUUUACAUCUAAAUCUCACCAGGAUUCUGUCAACGAAUAUGCUGUCCGAAAGAACAUCAUCUGGACAUUUAACCCUCCAUUAUCUCCUCAUUUUGGUGGCAUUUGGGAAGCGGCUGUGAAGUCGUUUAAGCAUCAUUUCAAACGAGUGGUGAAGGACCAACUUCUGACUUUUGAAGAGUUAAACUCUUUAACUAUACAAAUAGAAGCUGUACUUAAUUCUCGUCCUUUAUGUUCUUUAUCUAGCGAUCCUAAUGAUCCUAUUGCACUAACACCUGCCCACAUAUUGAUAGGACGUUCUCUCACAAUACUGCCUGAAAAUGAUUUUUCUAAUGUUCCAGAUAAUAGACUCAAUGUUUGGCAAUUUAUUGUCAAGGCUCGACAAGAUUUCUGGAGACGUUGGUACCUAGAGUAUCUACACGAACUACAAACCAGACAAAAAUGGCAUUCUUCUCAGGGAGAAAUUACGGUCAACCAGGUUGUCUUACUCAUGGACAAAAACCAACCAUGCAUGCGGUGGCAGCUGGGAGUGGUGGUCGACAUUCAUCCAGGCGAUGACAACAUAACGAGGGUGGCUUCUAUCCGAACCGCUCAAGGAAUCUACAAACGGAAUAUCACUCUACUGUGUCCCUUACCAGUCAAUUCUUGA